AGUGUAACUGUUUGUAGGUGUGGUUUGCUGCAUGAAGCCAUUUGAUAAAGAGAAGAAGCAGCAGAGAGACUCUGAACUCUGCAUCUCUACCACCAGCACCUGCUGUCUGCAACCCAAACAUGGCCAGCACAUACAACGAAGGUGAGUCAUGAUCCUACUGCACUCAUGUUGUUAUGGAUACACAGAAACAGCACCACCAAAUCCUAAAAUGUGCCCUCAGCUCAGCAUUAAUACUUUGAAACUCGACUAUCAAAACAUCUCUUUUCAUGUGAGCAGCAAAACAGUCGUAGGGAAAGGGCAAGGUGUGCUUGUAAAUGUUAUCUUGCGAUGUCAAACAUUUUUAAAAUAUGUUAUGAGGAAACAUUUUUUUAAUUUUUUUUUUAUUGACAAAACCUUCGUAGAAAUGUGUCAGUCUGUCCAAGUGGACAUUUUCCCUUUCAGCUGACAGAGGGAGUAAUUUAAGAGUAAUUUUGCCUUGUCCUAUGAAUGCUGAACUGAGCAGUAUGUACUGUAUACUGAAGACAUUAGAUCACGGAAGGGGAGUCAGAGAACUACUUACGUGCAUGAAUUGGUCUGAAAUACAAAAUCUGCAGAAGAACCUUACUGUGAAAAUUGUAAUUGGCGUCACAUUGUAGACAUUAAUGAAUUCACUCCCCCACUGCCACCUCCCUUUUCAGCUCUGUCAUAGCAGCUGAAUAGUUACUUAUCGUUCAUCUCUGUAGAAGCUGAAUUUAGUACAAUGUACGAACAACCUGAUGUUGAUUCUUAAUCAGUCUUGCUCGUUUUUCUACACAGGAUCUAGCAGGACAAAUAAUGAGCUGAGGAUUGUGAUAGUGGGGAAGACUGGAAUUGGAAAGAGUACCUCUGGAAACACCAUUCUGGGACGACACUGCUUUGAAUCCAAGUUCAGUGCCAGGUCUAUGACGGUAGACUGUUCUAAAUCCAAAGCUGUGGUGGAUGGGCAACAGGUUGCUGUCAUUGACACCCCAAGCCUGUUUGACACCAGGUUUCACGAGGAUAAAACAGCUAAAGAUAUUUGCCAGUGUAUCAGUUACGCUGCUCCUGGUCCCCAUGUUUUCCUGGUGGUCAUCAGGCUGGGGAGAUACACUGACGAGGAAAAACAGACGGUGCAAAGGAUUCAAGAAAUCUUUGGCCAGGCUGCAGACAGAUACAGCAUGGUUCUCUUUACUGGUGGUGACCUUCUUGAAGGAGCCUCUAUUGAGGAGUUCUUGUCUGGAAGCCCAGACCUGCUGGAACUCGUGAACAGAUGUAACGGCGAGUACCAUGUCUUCAAUAAUAAGCUGAAGGAUCCCUCUCAGGUCACUGAGCUGCUCCAGAAGAUCAAUAUGGUAGUCCAGAAGAAUGGAGGAGGCUACUACACCAACGAGAUGUUCCAAGAGGCUGAGAGGGCAGUCGAAGAAGAGAAACAACGUAUCCUGAAAGAGAAGGCAGAGCAAAUACAAAGACAAAAAGAGCAACUGGAGAGAAAACUACAGAAAAAAUAUGAGAUAGAGAGGCAGAAAAUCCCAAUACUCCAACAAGAGAGAGAGAGGGAGAGGAAUGAGAGAGAGGAGGAGAGUAAGAAGGAAAGUUUGGUUUGCUGCAUGAAGCCAUUUGAUAAAGAGAAGCAGCAUUGA